AUGUCGAUGCAGCCCAUUGGCCGCCUGGCCCACGACCACAUACUUUCUAUACUUUUUGCCUUUUCCAGCCUCGGAGAUCUCUAUAAAUUCGCUGCUCUCAACCGCGGAUUUUAUUCUGUUUUCUUGUGUUAUAGAGCCCAAAUCGAGUACAAAGUGGUCCAAAAUUUCAUCGGGGAGGACUCAUGGGAGGAUGCAAAGGUCAUCCUCAUCUAUCAACGGGCGGUGACCAGACGCAUACGUACCCCGAUACAUUUUUAUCCGUACAAGGUCGAAAAAGAAGUCCCAGAUGCCUUCCUUAGGGAGAAGUUUGUCUUGAUGGCAGGGGAGCUUAGACGACUGGUCUUCAACAACUUCGUUUUUACACAGUGCGUCAAUGCGCAUGAGCCCACUCUCAACAACAGCAUAGCCGGCCCCAUUGGCGAGUACUAUCGUCUCGCAGCCAUUGCCCUCAAACGUUUCUACAUCCCGGAGUUCAGCGCGCUGUUCGAGGCGAUGGGGUCUCUAGAUCUAUCAGAGUGUCAAUUCCACAUUAUGGCGCUAUUCUCCCAAAACCUAUUGGACAUGAAGUUUUGGCUUGAAUGCAAUUCUCGAAAGAAUGCCACUAUCAGUGCCUUAGCGCUAAAAAUGAUCGAGUUUAAGGUCGAUAGGUACCGAGUACUACCGGCUCGGCCCUCGAAAGGAUGA